AAUAUAAAACUGACUUCAGCUCGGUCACGUGACUGUACCGAUUACACGUCACAGAAGGUGAACUGUGACCGAUGAAACGAUUUUGGAAACAGAAAUGAAACUAGAAACUGACAGUGACAGUGCUCAGUAGGACUCAAAGGUAGGACUCAAAGUUUGAGAUUCAAAAUGCACCCCUCUUCCUGUGACACCUUUGUGGCUCUGCCCCCCUCCACUUGGGGACAGCACGUCAUUUUUGGGAAAAACUCGGACAGGCCUUGUGAUGAAGUCCAGGAGGUGGUGUAUUUCCCUGCCGGAGACUAUGAUGCAGGGGGGAAGGUUGAGUGUACAUACAUAGAGAUUGAGCAGGUCCCCCACACUUAUGCAGUUGUGCUGAGCAGACCGGCGUGGCUGUGGGGGGCAGAAAUGGGCGCAAAUGAGCAUCAAGUGUGCAUUGGAAAUGAAGCAGUGUGGGGCAGAGAGAGUGCUGAUGGGGACGAAGCUCUUCUCGGCAUGGAUCUUGUCAGGCUUGGACUUGAGAGGGCCGAUACGGCUGAGAAAGCUGUGGAUGUUAUUACCGAGCUGCUGGGGAAAUAUGGCCAGGGAGGAUCUUGCAUGGAGGAUGAGUGUGGCUUCACCUAUCACAACAGCUUCCUCAUCUCAGACAGGACGGAGGCAUGGCUGCUGGAGACGUCAGGGAAGUACUGGGCAGCGGAGAGAGUGGCAGAUGGAUAUCGCAACAUAUCGAACCAGUAUGGCAUAACGACGAAGAUAGACAAGGAACACCCAGAAAUGAGGGAAUAUGCACGAAGCAAGGGAUGGUGGGAUGGAGAGACUCAGUUCAACUUUGCCACAGUCUACUCCUUCUUGACUACAGCCAGAAUAGAAGCCGCUGGGAACCGAUACUGUGAGGGGAAGAAGUUGCUGGAGAAGAGUAAUGGUCAUAUCACUGCUGAGACUAUGAUGGAUAUCCUGAGGGAUAAAGACAGUGGCAUCAACAUGGAGGGAAUGUUCAUGACAACAGGAAGUAUGGUGUCUGUGAUACCCACGGAUGUUUCUCUGCCAGGAGUUCACUAUUUUACAGCAACUCCAGACCCUGAAAGGUCUAUAUUCAAACCUUUCAUCUUUGUGAAAAACCUUAAGCCACUGAUGCUGACGACUUCUCCUACUUACGGUCCAGAUGACCCAGUGAAGAAGAAGCCCCGCUUCCAGAGCAAGCCUGACCGCAAACAUGAGUUGUUCGUCAAACAUGAACUGGUAGCUGCCAUCAUUGAAUCCUACAAGGACAGAGGAACGAAGAUCACACAAAGAAUGAGGCAGCUAGAGAAGACAAAUAUGACACGGAUGGAGGGUCCUCUUUUAUAUGGUGUUGAUGAACCUGACCUUUGGGUGAAUCUGUUCACAAACUGUGUUCAGGAGGAGAUGGAUGUGUACAAGACAAGCUGAGAGUCCCACUACUACUACUACUACUACAGUACAAACAGGCUUGUAUAAUAAAUCAGAAAAUCAGAACACAACUGAAUAGUAAAUAGCAUAUAGCUAUUAAGCACAUAAAGGGUUCAGAAAUAAAAUUUAUUUUUAAAACAAAUCCAGAU